AGCGAAUUCGACACACAACUUCAGAUCGCCUGGCCUUCAACACCACGACAACUCAACGGGACUAACCUCGCAGCACAAUCAAGAUGGGUCGCUUCCAGGAAUACCAGAUCGUUGGGCGCCAUCUGCCCUCCGAUGCCAACCCUACCCCCAAGAUCUACCGCAUGCGCAUUUUUGCGAACAACGUGGUUGUCGCAAAGUCGAGGUUCUGGUACUUCCUUGGCAAGCUCCGCAAGAUCAAGAAGGCCAACGGUGAGAUCAUCGCGGUCAACGAGAUCAACGAGAAGCGCCCCCAGAAGGUGAAGAACUUUGGUAUCUGGAUCCGCUACGACUCGCGCUCCGGUACCCACAACAUGUACAAGGAGUACCGUGAGAUGUCCCGAUGCGCCGCCGUCGACGCUCUCUACCAGGAUAUGGCCGCCCGUCACCGAUCCCGCUUCAGGUCGGUUCAGAUCCUUAAGGUUGUUGAGCUCGAGAAGACCGACGACGUCCGCCGCCCGUACAUCAAGCAGCUUUUGGUCAAGAGCCUCAAGUUCCCUCUGCCCCACCGCAUCAACAAGAAGGCCGGCAAGAAGAUCUUUGCUGCCAAGCGACCAUCCACUUUCUUCUAAGCGUGUUUCUCAUUAUGGAGUGCGGUCUGGAUGGGUUGGGAAUG